AUGGGCAAAUCUGUUUCGCCUGAUUUAUCCAAGGCUGAGUCUGAUUCAAUUCAUCGUCAUCGGCAUGUUCAAUCUCCUUCCUCAAAAAAUCAAGGUUUAUCAGUUAUAUCAAAUAGUCAACCAGAUGUAUUGAACUCUACAUUACCAACCGUUGAAGUCACAUUGCAAAGACAUCUUGGUUUAUUCUCAGGAGUCUGUUUUAUUGUUGGUGUCAUUAUUGGUUCUGGUAUAUUUAUUUCUCCCAAAGGUGUUUUAGAACAUACACAUUCUGUCGGUGCCUGUUUGAUUGUUUGGGCUAUAUGUGGAUUACUUGCUUUACUAGGAGCACUUUGUUAUGCAGAAAUCGGCACGGUAAUACCGAGAAACGGUGCAGAAGUAGCUUAUUUGAAAGAAGGUAUUGGAUCAGUUCAUGAACGAACAGGUGAUGUAUUAGCAUAUCUUUUCAAUUGGACGAAUGCAAUUAUUCUGAGACCAGCAAGUCUUGCUGUUCUUACUCUUACUUUUUCUGAAUAUUUCUUAGCUGGUAUCAUGGACGAUUGUGGACCUCCAUCAGAACUUGUCCAAAUGUUUGCUAUUUUUACCAUUAUAAUGCUCAUCAAUGUUAGCUCGCUCAGUGUAUCAGCAGCUAAUCAUCUGAAUAUUGUUUUUGUCAUCUGCAAGGUAUUGACUAUCUUGACAGUAAUAGUGGCUGGUCUUGUACGCGUACUACAAGGACAUACAAAAUACUUGGAAAAUGGUUUUGCUGGUACGACAAAAAAUCCAUUGGGUAUUGCAUUUGCAUUUUAUUCUGGUCUUUGGGCAUAUGAUGGAUGGAAUAGUCUUAAUACAGUAACCGAAGAACUUAAAAAUCCUCAAAGAGACCUAUGGUUGUCUAUUGCAUUGGCAUUACCUGCUGUUACUGUCCUUUAUGUUCUUACUAAUAUCUCUUAUUUUACUGUAUUGAGUAAAGCAGCAUUGCUGAGUUCAACUGCUGUCGCUGUGACAUGGGGUGAAGUCAUAUUGGGUCGAGCUGUUCGUGCUCUACUUAUUCUCAUUUCUAUUAGUGCAUUAGGCAGUGCUAAUGGAACUCUCAUUGCAGCUGCUCGGUAUUCUAUGGUUGGUGCCCAAUAUGGAUAUUUGCCAGAAGUAUUUGCAUGUAUUCAUUCAAAGAGAUUGACUCCAUUGCCUGGUAUUGUCCUUCAGGGUUUUAUCGGAAUCCUUUUCUGUCUUCCAAUUGACAUUAGUAGUUUGAUCGAUCUUUUCAAUUUUGCUGCAUGGAUUUUUUAUGGAUUAACAUUUUUUGCCACACUUUGUUGUAAAUUUACAAAAAAAGAUGCAAAACGAGUGAUUAGUAUUCCUAUUCCAUUAAUUGUCGUUAUUAUUCUUAUAUCAAUUUAUUUGGUUAUUGCACCUGUAAUUUCAAAACCAAGUAUUGGACUUCUUGUUGCAACAACAAUAAUGUUAGUUGGAUUGGUAUUCUAUUAUCCAUUUGUCUAUCGUAAAAUGGAAUUGAAUAUUAUGAAAAAAUUCAAUACUUUUUUAAUAACAUUCUUUGAUUUACAAAGAGCACAAGUGGACAUUUAA